GAGAACAGGACGUCUCUCUGAUUAGGCCUGAAGUCCCCUACAUGCUCAGGAUGGUUGUAGGAACCAGCUGCCAGCCCCAGCAUGGACUCUACCUGCUGCUGCUCCUUCUGGCCCUACCCCUCAGGAGCCAGGCCAACGCUGGCUGCUAUGGGAUCCCAGGGAUGCCAGGCCUGCCGGGAACCCCUGGGAAGGAUGGGCAUGAUGGACUUCAGGGGCCCAAGGGUGAGCCGGGAAUCCCAGCCAUCCCUGGGACACAAGGACCCAAGGGUCAGAAGGGCGAGCCGGGUAUGCCUGGCCAUCGUGGGAAAAACGGCCCCAUGGGGACCUCUGGGUCGCCAGGGGAUCCAGGCCCCAGGGGUCCUCCCGGGGAGCCGGGUGAGGAGGGUCGAUACAAACAGAAGCAUCAGUCGGUGUUCACGGUCACCCGGCAGACCGCGCAGUACCCAGCGGCCAAUGGCCUUGUCAAGUUCAAUUCCGCCAUCACCAAUCCUCAGGGGGAUUACAACACAAACACGGGGAAGUUCACCUGCAAAGUGCCCGGCCUCUACUACUUCGUCCACCACACAUCCCAGACGGCCAACCUGUGCGUGCAGCUGCUCCUCAACAAUGCCAAGGUGACCAGCUUCUGCGACCACAUGUCCAACAGCAAGCAGGUCAGCUCAGGAGGAGUACUCCUGCGGCUGCAGAGGGGCGACGAGGUGUGGCUGGCCGUCAACGACUACAACGGCAUGGUGGGCACUGAGGGCUCUGACAGCGUCUUCUCUGGUUUCCUACUGUUUCCUGACUAGAAUGGCAGGCUGGGUCCAGCACCCGGACGCCCGCCUCGCUCCCUCUGCUUUCCCCAUCCUCACUCAGACCUCUUCCUUCAGGAAGUCCACCCUGGUUCCUGACCCAUCAGCCCUCUGUCUCCUCAGAGUUUCUCUGGGAAUCACUGACUGGUUCCAUUCCAGUGGCAGUUUAUCGAGACCUUUAUGAGACUAUUUUUUUUUCAGGUGGGAAGAGAGAAAAAUAAAUAGAUCACUAAAUAAAUAUGCCUGGCCCAGAUUUCUCACUAGAAGGCCUCAAA